AUGUCCACUGGCAAGAAAUCCGUUUCAGUCCCUGCUUCGUCAAACUGGCUCGCACUUCAAAAGAAGCUUAAGCCAGCAAGAAAAGCCGAGUCUGUCGACCAUCAGCCUAGAAAACGCCGUAAAAUCGAACACUCCUCUUCUUCAUCUUCUUUGCGUCCAAAAUCAUCUUCCAACCAACGCCCAGUCUCCGCCAUCAAGUCCACCGAAGAAGCUGAAUCAGAGUCUGAGGAACCAAAGGGGAGCUAUGAUUCGAAGAAUAGUGAAUCGUUGUCUGCCUUGCGGGAAAUGGUUUUCGGGCACAUGGGGCACACAGACGCGCAACGACAGCCGGGGAAAUACCUUGCCUUAGACUGUGAGAUGGUGGGGGUUGGUCCUGAAGGAGUCGAAUCAUCACUCGCUCGGGUUAGCAUCGUCAACUUUUUCGGAGCCGUUCUCCUCGACGAGUUUGUCAAGCAACGAGAACGUGUUGUAGACUACAGGACCGAGUUUAGUGGAGUGCGCGAGACGGAUAUGAUUCAUGCAAAGCCUUUUGCGGAGAUCCAAUCGCGAGUAGCGGAACUCAUCAAGGACUGUAUUCUCGUCGGCCAUGCGGUCCACAACGAUCUAAAGGCACUUCUUCUUACUCAUCCACGACCGUACACUCGGGACACGCAGGUCUACGCCAGUAAAUUUAAAGUCUCCAAAAGCAAGUAUGUUGCGCUUCGGCAUUUAGUAAAACAAGAGCUUGGAGCUACGAUCCAGGGCGGGGAACACUCUAGCGUUACAGAUGCUCGGGCAACAAUGGCGGUUUUUCGACUGCAUCGGAAACAGUGGGAAGCCAACAGCGCGUCAUGGCCACCAAAGAAUCAGAGCUCGGGUAACAGCAAAGGUGACGAUGAAGAGGAGGUUGAACCUGUCUCCAGGAUCAAAAAGAAGAAUAAAGCGGAAAAACAAUUUCCUGGUGGUGGGCGUAAGGGAAUCAGUUCGGGGCUGUCUGUCAUCACCAAGAAGGUUGGACGUAGAGAAAAGGGGGAACAUGGAAGUGGAUCGCAAUGGUGGAAAGAAUUGGGCAGCAAUGGGUCGGCGAAGGGUUCAAUGAGAGUCUGA